GGAAAUCAUGCUCACAGUCUGACAUUUAGGAAAGUUUGAGCAGUACAUACAGCUUCUUCCUUUGUGAUCUUACUGUAAUGGUGGAUAUCAUCAUCUUUUAAGCAUGUAUCCAUGUGUGUGUACACUUGCAGGAUUGGUGCAGUGAAUUCUAUACAAUGAAAUCUACAGAACACAGUUAAAAAUGAGUUGCUAUAGAGUUUGAAAUGGAAGAGAAAAAGUAUGAUUUGUGUUGUCAAUAUAAAUAGAAAAUAACAAUCAAAUUUCAGCCAAUAAAUUUACAAAUCAGAUAUAUAGAAUAAAAAGAAAUGAUGAUACUGGAUACAAUUAUAUUCAUAAUGGCUAGUGUGCUGCAAACAGAAGGAGCAUCUGAGCCCCCAACACAAUGCCCACAUUGGUGCGCAUGUGAAGCUUCUACUGCCCUGUGUGAGGGAGGAGGCAUACUCCAAAUGGAGCCAAAGAUCAAAACUUUUAAUCUCAACAAUGCUAAUCCGCCCAUUCCUGAACUCUCUCCUAUGAUCACCAAACAUCUGCAGCACAUGGUUUCCCUUGGUUUUAAUGCUGCUGGUCUGACAACUAUACAGCCUGAGGCCCUGAAGGUCAUGGAACAUCUUGAAGAACUCAGCUUAACAAAUAACAACAUCUCAGUGAUCUACAAUAAUACUUUUGUUUACUGCCCUACACUUGUGGAUCUAAACCUUGAUAACAAUAAUAUCUUGAUUAUCCAUGAAGGAUCCUUUACAUCACUUCAUCGUCUUCAGAAAUUGAGCUUGUCUCACAAUAAUCUGAUCACCAUACCCACAAGCCUACCUCCAUAUCUGCAGUUUCUCUCAGUACAUCAUAACCUGCUCCCGGAAGCUCCUCAGCUCAAACUUAAUUAUUUAACAAAUCUAAACCUCUGCUACAACCUGAUUAGACACAUCAAUCCCAAACAGAUAAACUUAAAAAGCCUGAAGGAUCUUUGUCUCGGAGGAAGAAAGUUCAAUCUCAAUGCUAGGCUUUUCACUCAAGAGCAAUUCCCUAUUCUUAGGAGUCUUCACUUGAAAGGAACUUCUCAGCAAUAUCUGGACAUACCUGAUAAAGCACUGAGAAACAUACAAAACAUGUCCACUACUUCACUAACCACACUGGAGCUUGACUUCUGUAGUAUAGCAAGUUUAACUGCAUUUGAGGACAUGAGCACACUCCACACUCUCAGGAUGACAAAUAUAAUACUCAUAUCUACAAGAAUGUUUACUCCCAUCUUGAAGCUUCCUCUCAUAACUGUCCUGGAUUUCUCUGGGUCACCUGGUCUAGCUCAGUCUUUUCUUGAUUCCCCACCUACAAGAAUCCUAAAUAGUUUGAAAAUUCUACGUAUGCCCAGGUGUGGCAUCACUAGACUGCCACAAUCUCUUCAAAAUCAUAAGCUACCCAACAUCACUCACCUUGACAUAAGUUUCAACCCUUUAAAGUGUACCUGUGACCUCUCUUGGAUUCCAGAUCAUGUAAGGGAAGGGAAACUUGUUCUUGAGAAUGAGGAGUACACCAUUUGUGCAUACCCAGAACACCUUCAAAACAUUACCCUACUGACUGCCACCCUUUGUCCUAUUCUUAGAACACUUUCAACAAUAACAUUGCCAGAAUUAACAGUCAGCACACAUAUAACACCUACCUCUUUUUUAAAUACUACGUAUACAAACAUCCAAACAACAUCAACACUGCAAGUGUUUCCAGAAUGGUCAACUGAGUCAUCAGGUGAAUCUUCCAAGACCAAUGCACCACAUAAUAAUUCCACACUCAACAGAGCAGCAAUGGGAUUCAGUGUAGAAAAAAUACUGGGUAUCUUCGGCGCUAUAGCUGUUUCCAUCAUAGUAGCAUAUCUUUUGGUGAUUUUAUCAAGAAACAUAUUAAACCACUAUAGAACAAGAAACUUCAAUGUUUGUGAUGCACAAUAUAACUCUCAACAACAACUUACUCUACAUGCUAUUUAAGAAGUACUGAAGUUUACAAAAGAACUUGCUUCCUCUAAAACCCCUCUGGAAUACAAUAAAAGUGUGACACAAAAAUCACUGAGCUGUAGUGUUAAGAAAAAGUGAAGGUUUUUCCAGUCUUCAAUAACUGCAAUCCUACUGAGUUGAGACAGAAGAUCCAACACUUUACUUACAGUUAAAAGCACCAUUGAUAUCAGACUAAUUCCAUUUCAGCCUUAUAAAGUUGUUGUAUCAUUGCUACCACUGCCAUAUGUAUAGUGUAAUGGGAAGAAGUCAGUGGAAUAAAGAAUAAGGGGAUACUAUCUGCCAUGAUGACAAGACCUAAUAUGUUGUACAGCAUGAUGUGUGUUGGCAUGUUGUUUGAUACAAAAUUUAAUUCUGUACAUGACAUUUGUCCAAAUAUUUUGUAUUCAUGUAAUUCCUAACAACAAUUAAAAGUACGCGAGUACAAAAUCUUGAUUCAUCAGCAAUAUACUGAUAAAACUCAUGAAAUAAAUUCUUUCCUUCCACAUUAUGGAAACAUGCAA